AAUGGGAAGGCAGCGCGGGCCGGACGCCGCGAGCGGUCGCAGGGUUUGGGCUUUUCGGCAUGUCGGCCUCCGGGGCGCGGGGCGCUUUCCCAGGCUCGGGGUCCGGGCGCUGCAAGAGGGCGUGGACCGAGCUGCUGGCAGGAAGGGUCAAGAGGCAGAAGUUGGGUCCUGACGGGGAGCAGAAGGUGAGAGAAUCCGCUGUGCGCCUCCUGAGAAGCCAUCUAAACCUGAGCGACCUUUUCCUUGAGGUGGAAGGUCCUCAGUUUGAAGAACCGCGUCUCCGCCGGUGGAUUGAUUGGGGUGGUCCUGAGGCCGACACUCAUCUUUCUAGUUCACUUGUAGGCUCCGCUUUGCGGGAUCAAGCCUCGCGGUUGGGCGUUCCGGUGGCAGUCCUGUCCAGCCAGGUGGUGGCCUCUGCCCUUGCACGGAUCUGUGCUUCGGACGCCAGGCCCUCGCCCCGGGUGCUGCUGACCCCAGAGCAGAGGAAGAAACUGCCUUCCGUGUUGGGGACGGCCCGGGACCUCACAGCACACGGCAUGUUCUCCCGUCGCUGCUUCUGUGGGGAGGUUUGGAAGGUACAGAAUUCUUUGCUGCUUGAAGCCGUGUGGCAUCUUCAUGUUCAAAACAUCGUAAGUCUCCAGGAACUCCUGGAAAGCCAUGCUGACGUCCAGGCCGCGGGGACCUGGCUCUCCGGGAGCCUGUACCACCUCUGCGAGCAGAUGGAGGCGUCCAGUCCGCACACCGACGUCGCCAGAGCUAUGCUGACCGAUUUUGUGCAAAUGUUUGUAUUGAGAGGAUUCCCGAAAAACGUGGACCCGAGAAGCACUGUGGAGCCGGAGCCGGUGACCCAGAUCGCGGCUGAUGUCCUGCAGAGAAUGUUGGCUUCUGCGCUGGAAGCUCUGGCGGCCGGGCUGCAGGAGGAGUCAGCGGCGUACAAGGCGGUGAGGUGCUGGUUCGGCACGUUCAGCAGACACACGUAUCAAAGCAUCAUUUCUACAGAAUCUCCAAAGCGGUUCUUCUGUCACACUCUGACCCAGAUCCUCACCCAUAAGCCUGUGCUGAAAGUGUCUGACGCUCUUCAAAUGCAGAGAGAGUGGUGCUUCGCCAGGACCCACCCGCUGCUCAGCGGCCUGUACCGCAAGCUCUUCGUGGUUCUGAGUCCCGAGGAGCUGGUCGCACGUUUACAGGAGGUUCUGGAAACUCAGGAGGUGAACUGGCAGCACGUGCUGUCCUGUGUGUCUGCACUGGUGAUCUGCUUGCCGGAUGCACAGCCGCUGGUUAACGGCUGGGUGGCCCGGCUGCUGGCCCGGGCGUUUGAGAGCUGCGACCUGGACAGCAUGGUCUCCGCAUUCCUGGUGGUGCGGCAGGCAGCACAGGAGGGCCCCGCCGCGUUCCCGCCCUAUGCAGACUGGUUCCAGGCCUCCUUCGGCAGUGCCAGGUACCACGGCUGCAGCAAGAAGGCGCUGGUCUUCCUCUUCAAGUUCCUGUCUGACCUAGUGCCCUUCGAGGCCCCCCAGUACCUGAAGGUGCACAUGCUCCACCCUCCGCUGGUUCCCAGCAAGCACCGCACCCUCCUCAGCGACUACGUGGCUCUGGCCCGCACGCGCCUGGCAGACCUCAAGGUUUCUGUGGAGACCAUGGGGCUCUACGAGGAUGUGUCGGCGGCGGGGGACAUGGCGGAGCCCCACAGCCAAGCCUCCCGGGAUGUGGAGAAGGCCGUCUCGGUGUUUCAACACACGGGGAAGGUUCCUGUUGCCGUCAUGGAGGCCAGCGUUUUCCGGAGACCCUACUACCUGUCGCACUUCCUCCCCGCGCUGCUCACCCCGAGAGUGCUCCCGACCGUCGAGGACGCCCGGGCGGCUCUCAUCGAGGCCCUGAGGAGAGCUGAUAAAAUCCCCCCAUCCCUGUACUCCGCCUACCGCCAAGCCUGCUCCACUGCCGGAGAGAAGCAGCCAGAAGCCCCAGGAUCGGAGGCGGAGCAGAGCUGUGCAGAGGAGCCCCUGGACCUGCUCACAGCGGCCCUGGGGGAGCUCAGGGCCUCGCUCUCGGACCCCACACAGCAGGAUGUGCUGUCUGCUCGGAUGGCCGUGGUUUCUGACAGGCUGGGUCCCGCCUUGGGCCUCAGCAAGGACGACGAGGAUGGCUCCUCAGUGGCCACAGUCGAGCUUAGUGUCCGCACCCCCGAGCUGCCUCCGCAGGAACUGAAGGUCGUGGACCUCCUGCUGACCGCCUUCUCGCAGAACCUCUUGGCCGCCUCCUGCCUCGCCCCGCCUGACAGGCAGGGGCCCUGGGCCGCCCACUUGGUGAGGACCUUGUGUGGACACGGGCUGCUGCCGGCUGUGCUCACCAGGCUCUGCCAGCUGCUCCGCCACCAGGGCCCGAGCCUGAGCGCCUCCCACGUGCUGGGCUUGGCCGCCCUGGCCGUGCACCUCGGCGAGGCCGCGUCUACGCUCCCGGCCGUUUGCGCCGGCCCCCCGGGCCCUGCCCGGCCCCUGCCCGUGCCCGAGCUCUUCGACUGCCUCCUGCCGUGCGGGACCCCGGAGGCCUGGGCCCUGUGUCUGAGGUUUUGCACAGCAGCGAUUUCCUAUUCUGUGUGUAAGUUUUCUUCCCAGUCCCGUGGGGUCUUGCGUCGCUGUCUGUCUCCAGGCCUUAUAAAAAAGUUCCAGUUCCUCGUGUUGAGGCUGUUCCCCGAAGCCCGAGAUGCCCCCGCCGGGGCAGAAGACGCAGCCGGCCCUGGCUGGCAGCCCCGGUUCCUGCCCUCCGUGGACUGGCAGCGAGCCGCCCUCUGCCUCUGGGAGCAGGGAGCCUUCCGGGAGCUGCUGGAGCAGGACGGCCUCCGAUUGACUUACAGAGACUGGUUACUGUUGGAGCUGGAGAUUCAGCCUGAAGUCGAUGCUCUUUCGGAUACCGAAAGGUGGGCCUUCCAGCAGUGGGCCAUCCACGAGCGCUUCCUCCCUGCACCCGCCUCAGCGGGGGGCUGCGCCGGGGACCUGGAAGCCGCCUGCACCGUCCUCGCCGACGUGCUCAUGGACUUCUGGCAGAGGUCACAGAGUGAUGGCCACUUGCACAAUUCCCAUUUGGCUGCCGGUGGCUACACAGGAAAUCGGGAUAUUUUUUCCAGAUUGCAGGAGCUGGCUGGAGACCUACAGCAGGGCCCAGAGGCCCCCCUCGGCCCCUCUCCUCCUCGGGGACACUUCCUCUUUGGACUGUUCCGCCGGCGGCUCCAGGCUCUGGCCCGCGAGCAGGACGUGGCCACCCGCCUUCAGAGACAGCAGGAGCUGCUCAUGUUCAGACGGGUCCUCCUUGGCCUGCCCCCCACCGUGCUGGUCGGCAGCCCCCAGGCGGGACCGCCAGCCGCCCUCAACUGCGAGGACUUCUUCCACUUGGUCAACACUGAGCUGAGAGACUUCUCGCAGGACGGUGCCCUGAGCCACGACAUCACCGUCCACUUCUUCAGGGGCCUCCUCGCCGCCUGCUCCCGGAGCAGCGACCCCUCCCAGGCAGCCGACCUGACCCUGACGGCCUGCGGCGCCCAGUGUCCCCUGCUGCUGACCUCAGCGCUGCUGUGGUGGCCCCGCCUGGAGCCCGAGCUUCGCCGCCGGUGGACGCGGUGCUCACGGGGGCCGCUGCCCUCAGAGCUGCAGAGGCUGCAGGAGGCCCGGCACUUUGCCAAGAGCGUCCUCGGCGUCCUCGGCCCCCUCGAGGCGCCCCCCGCACCCGGCCCGGCCUGGCUCUGCGCGGCUGCGCUGCACUUGGAGCUCCGGCAGGCGGGGAAGGCGGGCCUCCGGAGCGAGCUGGCGAGGCUGCCCUGCCUGGGAGACGAGCUGUUGCUCUUCCUGUUCUUCUUUUCCUUGAUGGGCUUGCUCGCCUCACACGUGACCCCACACGCAGCCGGCUCCCCGGAGGCCCUGGCCGUCUGCGCUGAGAUCCUGGGCUGCCUGCAGAGGAGGGGGGUCUCCUGGCUGCCACUCUUCCAGCUGACAGAGGCCGGAGCCGGCCUGGGCCACACGCUCCUCCGCCUGGCCCCCGACCACCUGCUGAGGCUGCUGCCGGUCGCCUUCUACAGCCUUCUCUCCUCCUUUGAGGAAGACGCCCCCCUCCAGCAGGAGGCCUUCCUGCACGUGGCUGUCGACAUGUACCUGCAGCUUGUGCGCCUCUUCGUGGACGGCGGCACGAGUGCCGUCUCGACGCGGGCCCACAGCGGGGAGCUCCGGGGCCAGGGCGACCCUGUCAGCCUGAUCACAAAAGCUCGUCUUUUUCUGUUGCAAUUGAUACCUCGCUGCCCGGCAAGGAGCCUCGCACGUGUGACCGAGCUGCUGGCCGCUCCUGGAGCCUGUGACCCGGAAGUGAGGGCGGCCCUCCUGCGCAGGCAGCCAGCCGGGCUCGACCCUGACCUCCGCCAGGCGCCCUGUCUCUUUGGACCGGACCUGCACGGGGUAUAGCCCUGCUCCUCUGUAAAUAAUUUAUUACAAGUGUAACAGAGCUCUAGUCGCCCUGGAAAGUGGAUUACAAACUCAGUUGCUUUA